UAGGUUCUGGAGGUUAUAAUUGGUUAUAAUUUGUUAUUAUCGUUCCGGCUGUUUGCCGCUUCGCGUGUUUAUAGAUAUUUUACAAAGUUUCAUUAAUCGCUUUGCGCAGAACCGACAAAUAUUGCGAGAUGCGAGCAAGCUGGGACAAGUAUUAUUCGACGUCGAGCUAGCGAAUUUUGCGUAAUUAAAAUUCCAUCUUUGUAAUUAACCUAAAAUAAUUGAGAAAUGGCCGAUGAAAAGUCUGUGGUGCAAGAAUUCAAGUUGGAUCCGGAUUGCGAAUUGAGAUUCGAGGUGGAGAGCAAGAAUGAAAAAGUUACAUUGGAGUUAAAGAAUGGCCUGGCGGAAGUUUUUGGCACGGAAUUGGUGAAAGGGAAAAAGUAUGAGUUUACCGCCGGUGCAAAAGUCGCGGUUUACACUUGGCAAGGCUGUACCGUUGAACUAGUCGGGAAGACGGACGUCAGCUAUGUAGCUAAGGAGACGCCUAUGGGGCUUUACCUGAAUUGCCACGCGGCGAUGGAACGGAUGAGAGAGACCGCGGAGAAGGAUGACACUCGAGGUCCGAUAACGAUGGUCGUGGGUCCUUGCGACGUGGGAAAGUCGACGCUUUGUAGAAUAUUGUUGAACUAUGCCGUUAGAAUGGGCAGAAGACCGAUUUUCGUCGAUCUCGACGUCGGUCAGGGACACAUAGCUAUUCCUGGCACCGUAGGUGCCUUGCUGGUGGAACGACCUUCCAGUAUAGUUGAGGGUUUCAGCCAGCAAGCUCCAUUGGUCUUCCAUUUCGGACACAAAACGCCACAAACCAACGUAACGUUGUACAACUUGCUUGUGACGCGUUUAGCGGAGGUUUGCUCAGACAGGCUGCAAGCCAACAAGAAGGCCAAGGCGUCCGGAGUCGUCAUAAAUACGUGUGGUUGGGUCAAGGGAGACGGCUACAAGUUACUCACUCACGCCGCGCAGGCGUUCGAGGUGGAUGCAAUUCUGGUGUUGGAUCAGGAGAGACUCUACAACGAAUUGGUGAGAGAUAUGCCGGACUUCGUGAAGGUGGUCUUUUUGCCGAAGAGCGGCGGCGUUGUCGAGAGGAGUCAGACACAGAGGAUCGAGGCGAGAGAUCAGGGCGUUAGGGAAUACUUCUACGGUUCUCGAAAUCCACUGUAUCCGCAUAGUUUCGAGGUGAAGUGGAGCGAGGCGAGAUUGUACAAGAUCGGGGCGCCCGUUUUACCAGCGUCUUGUAUGCCGUUGGGCAUGAAGGCGGAGGACAACCUGACGAAAUUGGUGGCCGUUACGCCGGGACCCAGUUUAUUGCAUCACUUGCUUUCCGUAUCCUUUGCCGAUUCUCCCGAGGAUGACGUCGUGCAGACUAAU